AACCAACGAACGAGCCGUUAUCCUCAGUAUUCAGGAAAGUAAAGAUUAUCAGAAUAGGAUAUCAUACGACGGCUGGAUUCAUCAAUUGUUUCAACUGAACAUAAAUUUUGAAGCGUAGUCCAUACAGUCAGACCUAUACCUUGAUAGGUUACAUCUUUCGUUAAUAAAUACUUGUGGACCCCUUGAUACGUAAACAGUAAGCGUGUCACUUCAAUCGGAAGAAUUUUCUCCAUGUGAUACGGUGUCUGAUUGUGUUUCGCAAUUUUGUUCAAUUAGCUAGUAAUUUACAAUUUGGUUCCUUCGAACUGGGAAACUAGAUUGAAAACAGUUUUUGAAUUAACUGGUAAGGAUGACGAAAACACGCUUUAACACGUAUGACGUGGUUUGCUCCGUAACGGAGCUACAAAAGCUUAUUGGCAUGCGAGUGAAUCAGAUUUACGACAUUGACAAUAAAACUUAUCUGAUCCGAUUGGUUCGGAAUGAGGAAAAGAUUGUUCUGCUACUGGAAUCGGGAAAUCGUUUCCACACUACCGCUUUCGAGUGGCCUAAAAAUGUCGCUCCAUCUGGAUUCACUAUGAAACUGCGAAAGCAUCUGAAAAACAAACGACUGGAAAGUCUGCGACAGCUCGGUGUCGACCGUAUCGUUGACUUUCAGUUCGGCAGUGGUGAAGCAGCUUAUCACAUCAUACUGGAAUUGUAUGAUCGCGGAAACAUUUUGCUUACGGAUUGUGAGCUGAAAAUUUUGAACAUUCUCCGACCUCACGUCGAAGGAGAAGAGCUGCGGUUUGCCGUAAGGGAAAGAUAUCCGACGGAUCGAGCUAAGGAAGAUAAUGGUCCACCUCCGAUGGAAAAAGUUAAGGAGGUGAUUGGCAAGGCUCAUCCAGGCGAUACUCUCCGAACGGUACUGAAUCCUAUUCUGGAGUAUGGAGCCUCCGUCAUCGAUCACGUGUUGCACAAGUAUGGAUUGUUUGGUUGUAGAAUUGGCGGUGAAUUACCAGCCGAUGUCGCUGAAGUGCCUAAGAAGGCCAAACGAAAACAAAAGGCACUUGCUAAAGAGUGCUCGAAGAUUUUCAAUAUGGACGAAGAUAUGACGGCGUUGAUGUGUGCAAUUAACGAUGCGGAAACAAUGCUGAGGACAGCCAUGAUGGAGCCGUCUAAAGGAUACAUAAUCCAGAAAAAAGAUUUAAAACCUUCCAAGGAAGGCGAACCGGAAGAGUUCUAUUACACAAAUCUUGAGUAUCAUCCGUAUUUGUACAAUCAAUACAGGAAUGAUCCGGUUCAGGAAUUUGCGAGUUUUACAGCCUCUGUUGAUGAGUUUUAUUCGACGUUAGAAGGUCAAAAAAUCGAUUUGAAAGCAUUCGCCCAAGAAAGAGAGGCUCUCAAGAAACUGUCCAACGUUCGAACGGAUCAUGCCAAGCGGAUUGAAGACCUAACGAAGGCUCAGCUGGAGGAUAGAAAGCGAGCCGAGUUGAUUACCCGGAAUCAAAACCUGGUGGACAGCGCUUUGUUAGCCGUGCAGAGUGCACUUGCCGCGCAAAUGUCAUGGUCGGAUAUUCAGGAUUUGGUGAAGGCUGCUCAGGCCACUAACGACCCGGUUGCUUCUUGCAUAAAACAACUGAAGCUGGAAAUUAAUCACAUUUCCCUAGCCCUGAAGGAUCCCUACGCUAUGCUGGAUGAAGUUGAUGACGAUGAUGAUGAUGAUGAUGAAAAGAACCCGGAUCACGAAGAUGACGAAGACAAGCUGGAACCGAUGGUGGUUGAUGUUGAUUUGGCUUUGACGGCAUUCGCGAACGCACGUCGGUACUACGAUCAGCGUCGGUUUGCGGCACGCAAGGAAAUGAAAACUAUCGAAUCUUCAUCGAAGGCGUUGAAAAACGCAGAGAAAAAAACGAUUCAAACGCUGAAAGACGUGCGCACCCAAACAACGAUUUCCAAAGCUAGAAAAGUGUAUUGGUUUGAGAAGUUCUAUUGGUUCAUUAGUUCGGAGAACUAUUUGGUGAUCGGUGGACGUGAUCAGCAACAGAACGAAUUGAUCGUAAAACGCUACAUGAGACCUACCGACAUCUACGUCCAUGCGGAGAUUCAGGGUGCCUCGAGUGUGGUGAUUAAGAAUCCAUCCGGAGACGAUAUACCGCCGAAAACGUUGCUUGAAGCGGGAACAAUGGCAAUUUCGUACAGCGUCGCCUGGGAUGCGAAGGUUGUUACGAGUGCUUACUGGGUGAAGAGUGAACAGGUCAGCAAGACGGCCCCAACGGGUGAAUAUCUGACGACCGGUAGUUUCAUGAUUCGUGGCAAAAAGAAUUUUCUGCCGCCAUGCCACCUGGUGCUGGGAUUAAGUUUUAUGUUUAAGCUAGAAGAAAGUUCCGUUGAGCGGCACAGGGGUGAGCGAAAAGUUCGAAACUUUGAUGAAGAAUCCAUCAUAAGCAGAGAUCAAUCGGAACCUUCCGAUGAUGUCGACCAAGAGAUACAACUCGAGGAAGGUGAUUCGGAUCAUGAUGAAGCAGAAGAAAAAAUCGUUUCAGAUAAAACCGAAUCAACUGAAGAAAUCCGGGAACAGAUUGAGUCAUUGUCGGUUGAGGCGAAAGAAGACAAACAAGAGCACCUCUCGUCGGAUUCUGAAAGCGACGACGACGACGACAAUGACGGCAUCACGCCGAAGUUUCCGGACACACGUGUAAAGGUUGAGCACGACACGGGAAAAGUUUCCGUACAAACGGAUCCAACAUUGCAGCGUUCUGUUUCGGAACCGGAUUCAGAAUCGGUAAUAUUUCUGGGAGACAGCAAACCAUAUAUCAUAACUCCGGCUCCACCACGCAAGAAGCAAAUUCAAAAAAGCAAACAAAAAGCAAAAGACAAGGAAAGGGCUCGGGUGGAAGCGGCUACCCGUUGUAGCCAGAAAGACGAAUCCCAGAAGCAAGGCCAGUUGAAGCGGGGCCAGAAGAAUAAAAUACGUAAGAUGAAAGAAAAAUAUAAGGAUCAAGACGAAGAAGAUCGUAAACUAAUGAUGAAUAUCCUGAAGUCGGCCGGUAAUAACAAAAGCAGCAAUAGCUCAAAGGAUGAAGCGACAGCCAGUGAACAGAAGAAGAUGGCGGGUAAGAAACCCAAUCCCCGUCCGAAAGCAGGCGAAAUUGAUGAACAGAUUGGGGAUGAAACUCCGGCUGCGGCAGAUGUGGACAUGCUAGACUCGAUGACGGGUCAACCGAUGGAGGAGGAUGAAUUGCUUUUUGCCAUUCCCGUUGUGGCACCCUAUCAGGCACUGCAAAACUACAAAUUUAAGGUGAAACUAACGCCAGGCACAGGCAAACGGGGUAAAGCCAGUAAGACAGCGUUGCAGAUUUUCCUGAAAGAUAAACAUUGCACCAGUCGGGAAAAGGAUUUACUCAAAGCUGUCAAGGAUGAAACACUGGCUAGGAACAUUCCGGGCAAGGUGAAACUAUCCGCUCCGCAGUUACAGAAGGUGAAGAAGUAAGGUCCAUGUUGGCGGCUUAUCACUUUAAUAUUUGAGUUAUAUAAACUGUUUGUUAAUUGUGAAAUAUAUUUUAAGUAUACUGAACUGUA